UUACGUGGGUAGUUUGGGUAGAGCCAGCACUGAACCCAGCAAAACUAAACUCCACACAAUUGCUCAUCCAAAAUGGAUUCUGCCAUCACCGGUUCUACUAAGAAAAGAAUAGCAGUUGUUACAGGAGCUAAUAAAGGGAUAGGAUUGGAGACAUGUCGACAGUUAGCUUCUAAUGGAGUUCUGGUGGUUUUAACAGCUAGAGAUAAGAAGAGGGGUAUUAAAGCUGUUGAAAGUCUAAAAGGGUCUGGACUUUCUAAUGUGAUUUUUCAUCAGCUUGAUGUAACGGACCUUGCCAGUGUUGCUUCUCUGGCGGUUUUCAUCAAAACCCAAUUUGGAAAACUUGAUAUUUUGGUGAAUAACGCAGGAGUUGUUGGAGUCUUAAUAGACUGUGAUGCUUUGAGGGCGGUGAGGUCAAGGGAUGGUGAUCCAGAAGCCAAGUUGGCCAAAUGGAAGGAAGUAACGACACAGACUUAUGAGUUGACGGAAGAAUGUGUGAAAGCAAACUACUAUGGCGUCAAACAAGUGACUGAAGCACUUCUUCCCUUCCUUCAGAUUUCUGAUUUGCCAAGAAUUGUUAACGUUUCUUCUAUAUUUGGGAAAUUAAAGAAUAUCUCAAAUAACUGGGCUAAAGGGGUGCUAAGUAAUGGAGAUUGCCUCACAGAAGAGAGAGUGGAUGAGGUGUUGAACCAGUUUCUAAAGGAUUUCAAAGAGGGUUCGGUAGAAGCUAAGGGUUGGCCUCAUAUUUUAUCUGCCAACAUAGUUUCUAAGGCAGCCCUGAAUGCUUAUACAAGGAUCUUAGCAAAGAAGUUCCCUAGGUUUCAUAUAAAUUGUGUAUGUCCAGGCAAUGUCAAAACUGACAUUAAUUGCAAUACUGGGGUGUUGACUGUUGAAGAAGGUGCAGAAAGUGUUGUGAGAUUGGCUCUGCUGCCUGAUGAUGGUCCUUCUGGUCUUUUCUUUAUUAGGUCUCAAGUAUCCCUCUUUGAUUAAAAAUGAUUCAAGGUCAUACUCC